CCUAAAAUCGGUUUUUUAGGUUAUCCCUCUUGCCAUGGUUGGGUUUUCUGCUAAACCACCUAAAACCCUUGAAGAAGAGCUAGCAGUCGAAAUAAUUGAUCAAGACUCUAAAGUAAAAGACACUCUCGAUUUCCCUUCAAUCGAUUCCUUUCUGGAUUUCGAUUCCUGCAACCGCUUGGGGAAUAAUCGGAAUAUUGAGGAGUUUAGCAUAGAGGAUACCGACUUUGAUUUUUUUGAGGCGGAGAUGGAGAUUCCUCAAGAAGGUGUCACUGUUAGCGAGGAAAUGCGUCUGGAGAAUCAUAACACGGUUAUGUCUGAGUCUGUUGAGGUAAAAUCCGAGCUUUGUGGUGAGAUUUCUGAAGAAACUGUAGUGAAUUCGGCUAGGUCUGAGUCGAUGAUUAAAGUAAAGCCCGAGCCUUGUGGUGGCAUGUCUGAAGAAAUUGGAGUGAGUUCGAUUAAGUCUGAGUCGAUGAUUGAGGCAGAGCGCAAGAUUUUUGAUGACAUGUCUGCAAAUUCUAACGGUGUAGCUGAACCAGCUGUGAAAGAGUCAGAACCCGUUGUUUCUGACGACGCUAGGCCAAUGGAAGGUGAGACUGCGCCUGUUGCUUGUGCCACCAUGAAUUUGAAUGAAUCUGUGUUGAAGAAAACAGAUGAGAAUUUGGCUUUUUCUAUUGAAGUGGCGUUAGAGAAGGUUAAGUUGACCAUGUGUGAUGAUGAGAAGACUGAUGGGACUAAGGGGAAAACUAAUUCUGCCAAGUCUGAGAGCGAAACCUCGAGCACUUCUUCAAACACUAGUGAUAGUAGUAGCAGUGAAGAAGAGGAGAGUGACGAGGAUGAGAGUGAAGAGGAGGAAAAUAAGAAGGAAAAGAAGUUUGGCAAUCAAAUGGUCGUGGGGAAAGAAGAUGAUGUGGCAGGGGAACUUGAAGAGGGUGAGAUAGAGUGUGCAGAUGAGGAUGACAAAAAUGCAGCCGAAGAUGAUGAUGAUUCAGAUGAUGAUGAUGAUGAUGAAGUGAAUGAGAUGAUUGCUUGGAGCGAUGAUGAGGAUGAGGACCUCGGUUUGCAAACCAAAGAACCUAUACGGUCAAAGAAUGAGCUCAAGGAGCUUCCUCCAGUUCCAGCUGUGGAUGUCACUUUGGAACCGCAUCAUGUCACGCUUCCUGUUGGAGUUGUUCUCUCGGUAAUGAGCACACAAGUAAUAGUUGAGGGGAUGGAAAAGCAUAGUCCUUUGACUGAAGGUUCUAUCUUAUGGAUAACUGAAAGAAGAACGCCACUAGGACUGGUGGAUGAGAUAUUUGGACCCGUAAAGUGCCCUUACUAUAUCGUGAGGUUCAAUUCAGAGAGCGAAGUGCCAGAAGGGAUUAUUCAAGGUACACCUGUCUCAUUCGUCGCGGAUUACGCUCAGCAUAUUCUCAAUAUCAAGGAACUGCAGAAGAAAGGUUACGAUGCAUCUGGAGAUAACGACGAGGAGAUAUCAGAAGACCUUGAGUUCUCAGAUGAUGAAAAAGAAGCUGAAUACAGAAGAAUGCGAAAGAUGGAAAAGAGAGGGAUGGGGAAUGACCAAAAAAAUGGUAACGCAAGAAACAAGAAGAAGAAAAACCGAGAUCCUGGAAGGGCUACAAGCAGUUACUCAGGGGAAUGGACAGAAAACCAUGGAUCUAGUUCUCGAUCAUCAACCCGUUCUGAUCCUCCAAUGGGUGGUCCAGUUUCGAAUCAUAAUCCACGUCCUCAAAUGGAUGGUUGUCCUCCAAAUGGUGGAGCAUGGAGACCCCAGAGUAAUCACCAGAACCCAUAUCAGCUUCCUCCUAUACCUAAUCAGAUGGGAAUGCCCAAUCUAGCUCCAAUGCAGAUAUCUUUAAUGCCAAUGCAAAAUCAAAAUCAGAUGAUGUUCCAACCGCAGUUUAAUGGUGGCCAGAUGUCGAUGCCAGGUGGAUCUGGGGGCUUAAACUUCUUUCCAGGUCAGGCUUCAACGCCAUGGCCUGCAUUAGUUGGUCAGAACUGUUUCAACCAACAACCGUUUGGGAUGGGUCGCGGUAUUCAGCAUCCUCAAUCAAAUGAGCUGAAUUUUAAUCUGUUUGCUCCCCAAGACUAUCAAAUGCACCAGCUCCAGCCCCAAAUGCACCGACCACAGUCUCCAAUGAACCCACAGUUCCAACCCCACCCACAGUACCAGGUGCUGAACCACCCCCCUCAGUCUCCAAUGAACCCGCAGUUCCAAAUGCAACCACAAUCUGAAACUCGUCCACAGUCGCAGUCCCCAACUAACCAGCAAUCCUCUGUGCGACCUCAGUCUCAGGGUUUUAGCACCGGACAGUCUUUUGAACGGGGAAGGGGCCACCGUGGCCGUGGUAGGGGUGGGGGCCGGGGUCGCUUUGGACGUGGGCGAGGCCGUGGUCGGCAACAAUCUGGAUGAAUCUGUUUUGUGAAGCAUUUUGACGUGUGUCAAAAGCAGGUUUUGUUUACUUUUGUAUGUCAGUUUUUUUUGUUAAACCAAACAAUUCAUUAGCUAUGAUUUAUGAUCUUUUUUUCCA